CGCUACGUAGCCAUCUUGUGUAGAGGCGAGGAAGCGGAGCCGUUAGCUCGAGAUCUGCGCUGACAGCUGACAAACUGACAAACAAACCGCCACUCUGCUCCCGACAGAAACGGAAAGUAAACAUGCGUUAAUACGUGUCGAGAUGUCUGUUCGGUGUGUUUGACGGAGGAUGUGUGCUUCUGAAGAAGGGAGAGUGUUGAGCACCGAAGGCGCCUCAGAGUCACGUUAAAUCCACAGACUGGAGAGAGCGGCCUGACGGAGACUCUCACACCGGGACAUGGCCUUCGUUUAGGCCACGGAGAACAGAGAGACGGGCUCGGAAGGAUUAAACACCGCUGGAAUAAACCUGUCAUUGUGUUUGGAGCUUCAGUUUAAAGGAGUGAAAAUGCCGCGAUGAGGGAGUCUUGAGUUAGAGUGACGCAAAUUACAUGACUUUUUCAUACACAUUGCUUACAUUGGAGCUGCGCGCUUCAGUCCGACGUGUUGAGAUCAGAGCAACGCGCUUAAAGCUGUCAAAAUGUCUGCAGUGACGUCGAAAAAGAAGAGCUGUUUUCAGAUCACGAGCGUCACGCAGGCGGCGCAGGUGGCGGCCAACAGCCACACGGACAGUUUAGAGGACCCUGACGAGCCCAGGACUGAGGACAUGUCCUCAUCCGAGAUAUACGACAUGUCCAAACCUGGAGAUUUCCAGCCGGAGACGUGUGCUGUCAGUUUAUCUGAUGAAUCGCUUCAUAAAGAAGCUGAAACAGCUGGCCAAGAUGGUCCCAUGUGGACCGUCCCUGGUUCUCGUAGCACAGGUGCUGUUCAUAUAAACCCAGGCGGGACCGUCUCUUCCAAAUCUUCAGGUUCAGCUGCAUCACAGACUUCAUCGCUUAGCAGUUCUGCCACAGUAGGUAGUUGCAGUUCCCGUUUCAGGGUCAUCAAACUAGAUCAUGGCACGGGCGAGCCCGUCAAAAGAGGUAGGUGGACUUGCACUGAGUUUUAUGAGAAGGAUACUGACACUUCCUCAUCUGCUCGGACUGUGAAUAACGUCAAGCACGUUGGCACCACAGACCACGGCGUGGAUGCAUUGGGAGCUGCGGGAGGUUCGGUGGCUGCUCUUGUUGGGCUUUCAACACCGGCACCCGAACCACACACCGACAGCGGUUACAUAUCUGCACCAUCGAACCCACCUGUGGAGGUUCAGCAGCAAACCUUCUGCGUUUCUCAGCAGGGAUUAGGCCUCGUGGCCCAGAACCUUAACGAAGAUGCCCACGCUCAACAUCUCAAAUCUCCCAGCAUGCCUUCGACAACUCAGCCACAGCCAUUUUUCCCGGGAAAACAGGCACAGAAACCUGUCCAGACUGUUAUUCCAUCGAAUCCGGCCCAGAGCACCUUAGGGACUUCUCUUCCGCUCGCGACCCAGCUGAACCAGGGGCCGUCUCCUGUCAUGACUCCUGCAGAGGGGAGCGCUCACGUGCUUGGAUUAGUUUCCCAGCCCGUGGACGGCAGAGGGCUUCCCAUCAGCCAGCCGGAGCAUGUUCAGGGGCUUUUACAGCAGCCGGAUAUCAGCACGGCUCUAGGGAGUGUGUCGGCCGCAGCUGUUGUACAGCAGGCACCAGUGACGCUCAUUCAGCCGGCGGUAACUGCGUCUGUCAGCGCCCUCGCUGGGGUCCCUGAUGUGCAGAAUGGGCCUGUUGUUAUGUCCAGUGCCUCUAAUGCCCCCCAGAGCAUGCCAAAACAGAUGCAGCAUCAUCAGCCUCAGGGAGUCCACAGUGGUUCAGUAGUAGGACUGGGUGCGCUGAUGACCCCUGCUAACUUUAGCCAGCUCCCCUCCGGUGUCACCCAGGCCGUGGAGAACCAGAGGAACCCCGACGGGCUGCUCCAGAGCCAUGUGCUCAUGGGAACAGAUGCCAUCAAACCCCUGCAGCUCCACACUCCUGCUGUCCGCAGUCUGUUUGGAAUAGCUAUUCCCAUUGAUGGGGACGAGGACAGGAACCCCUCCAUGGCUUUCUAUCAGGCCUUCCCAAACGGCAGGUCAAAGGUCAUCAGUGAUGGUGCCUCUGGCGCCAGUGCUGUGGCCAUCGAUAACAAAAUAGAGCAAGCCAUGGAUCUUGUGAAGAGCCAUUUGAUGUACGCCGUGCGUGAGGAAGUGGAGGUCCUGAAGGAGCAGAUCAAGGAGCUGUAUGAGAGGAACUCUCUCCUGGAGAGAGAGAACGCAGUAUUAAAGUCUCUGGCCAACACGGAGCAGCUGACCCAGCUCAGCACUUCACCCCCACAGACGGCCCUCAGCACCGUCCUGCAGGGAGGAGGUACACUCAUGACCUUGCCCCCGCAUCCCAACGUGUCCACAGCAUGAACACAUGCAUCAACAAGCCAAAACAUGACCAUCUGCAGCGGAGAUUUUGGUUUCCAGUGGUGUUUUCCACUUGUGGAGAGCCAUGCUUCUGGUCUUCCCCAGUAUUAGACGAUCAUCAUCUCUGGAGAGAGCAGAACUGGCUCUGUGAUGGCUGCGGUCGCUCUCUGAGGGCACGGGCUGCUGGCUGGCCGAAUGAGUUCAGUAGAGGAGUGAAGAUUAGCAAGACGCUCGUCUCAGGCCAAGCCAAACAUGUGGAGCGCUCCAGCAGGAGUCCCUUCGGCUCUUUAGUUUCACUGUCUGCAUAUAUUUAUUAGAGGGCUGCUAUUUUCAUAAUGUAAAUGAACAAUGUAACAGAGAUCUAUUAUAUAUAUAUAUAUAUAGAGAGAGAGAGAUAUAAAGAACCAUUCUUUUGGUUUCUGAGAUGUUAGAUUCUUGUUUAACAAGGCAAUCAUGUCCCCGUGGCACAGAUCCAACACUAUAAGUGAUUCAGUGAGAUGUCUGAUAGAGUCCUGUGUGGUCUGGGGUUAAUGUAAAGUGUGUACAGGUGAGCAGCAUUAAUCAAGGAUUGCUCUUUGGGAUUUAAUUAACUAUACUUUCCCUGAGUACUUCAAUUCUGAUACGUUUUGUAUUUUAAACUGGGGACGGAGGUGUAAAUUAGUUGUAACCAAAGAAGAAAAGUGUUUUGUAUAUCGUGUAUUUUCUUGUUUGUAUGCACGUGCGCGCUUUUUUUUUUUUUUUUAAUACUUCGUCACCUUUUGUUUCUGAUUGGCAUGUGUCCAGCGUGAUCUAUCAGACUGUUUUCUUACCUCAUGUGUUUUGUUUGUCAUAAUUUAAGCAGUCUGUGAACGAUGUUUGAUUAUGGAUGGUGAAGGGUGAUUUUUGGAGUAACGUAAAAGAGCCAAUUGUUUUCAUUUGCGUGGUGUUAAAAAAUGUGAUUUACAGAUAAAUGUUAACCACAUUACAGAAAAUGUUCGAAAUAAAUGGCGAUUUAUAUUUGCAGUGUUCACAGAUGUCAUGUGUAGGGCAUGUCCUCUGUUUUAAUGUCUUUCGUGCCUCUUGUACCAGAGAUGCAGUGAUCUGGUUGAUUUUCUGCCCAGUUUGAGCCAAACAGAAAUCUUGUACAAUCACUGUACAUCAGUCUGAACUUUUUAGGUCUGCUUGUUUAUCUUUUUUUGGUUGUCGUUGAAGGAAAUGUAGUAUACAAGCAGAAUGCAUUGUACUUGAUCACUGAGCCUUUCUGAAAAUACCCUUUUAAUGUGCCGUUUGGAGAAAGAUUUUU